AUGCAUCGCACAUACUCUAUGCGCGCCUCGAGGGCGCCUACUGCUUCGCAGAUCCAGAACCCCCCACCUCCGCCAUCCAGCACCAAGUCAGGCCGUCUCUUCGGACGCGGCGGCUUCGGCCAUGCCCUCCGCCGCAACGCUGCCGGCGCCUUCGGCCCCGACCUAGCCAAGAAGCUCGCCCAGCUUGUCAAGAUGGAGAAGAACGUGAUGCGCAGCUUGGAGACCGUCGCAAAGGAGCGCAUGGAAGUUGCUCAACAACUGUCUAUCUGGGGCGAGGCUUGCGACGAAGAUGUCUCUGACGUCACGGACAAGCUCGGCGUCCUCCUGUACGAGAUUGGCGAGCUUGAGGAUCAAUACGUCGACAGAUACGACCAGUACCGCAUCACCAUCAAGAGCAUUAGGAAUAUCGAGGCAUCUGUCCAGCCUAGCAGAGACAGGAAGCAAAAGAUCACCGACCAGAUCGCCCAGCUCAAGUACAAGGAGCCCAACUCUCCCAAGAUUGUUGUGCUCGAGCAGGAGCUGGUCCGUGCCGAGGCCGAGUCGCUCGUCGCCGAGGCCCAGCUCUCCAACAUCACUCGCGAGAAGAUCAAGGCUGCCUACACCUACCAGUUCGACGCCCUGCGCGAGCACUGCGAGAAGGUCGCCAUCAUUGCCGGCUACGGCAAGCACCUCCUCGAGCUGAUUGACGACACCCCUGUCACUCCUGGUGAGACCCGCGCUGCUUACGACGGCUACGAGGCCAGCAAGGCCAUCAUCCAGGACUGCGAGGAUGCUCUGACGAACUGGGUCUCCCAGAACGCCGCCGUCUCCUCCAAGCUCUCCACUCGUGCCCGCACCCUGUCUACCCGCCGGAGGAACAACAUCAAGGCUCGCAGCGAGGGACACGACCUGUCUGGUCAGGAUGCCCCCCUGAACGACCGUGACUCUUGGGUUGCUGCUGGCGAGCACAAGGGUGAGGAGUAUGACGACGAGGAGGAGGAAGAGGAGGAGGAGGAGGAGCUCGGUAGCGAGCGGGGCCUGAAUGGGGAGACCCGCGGACGCCAGCACGAGACUCUUGCCGCAUGA